AUGAGGCGGCAAACCGAAAAAAUCAUCUGGCUGGGCUGCGUGCUCCUUCUUGGAAUGUCAGUUGAGGCCAGGAAGCAGGAUAAGGCCAUCUUUUCUGCCAAUAAAAGAAUAAUGGACCAGACACUACGCGUUAUGAAUGAAACAGAGGACCCUUGCGGCAAUUUCGAAGACUAUGCCAAGGGCAAAUAUGGAAAAAGUUAUAGUUUGUACAGUUAUUUCAGUUUCCGCUUGGCGGUGCUGGAGAAGAUGGAUCCCAAGUUUCUGGCACUGUUUGAACAACUCAAGUGUAGAAACUUCGAAAAGGGAAGUCUGGGGGAGAAGGCUCUUAGGUUUUACAAUGCCUGCGAAAUGGCUAUGGAGAAGGAGCCAGAUUUAAACUAUGCCAGCCUAGUGCAGCCGGAUGUAGAUCUCACCUGGCCACAUGGAAAUCAGUGGCCUAGAGAGAAAUUCAAUUGGCUGGUGACCCUUGGCCGACUUCGUCGAUAUGGCGUGGACCUGUUGUUUCGAAUGAACCUAGAGUUGGAUCACCAAGAGGCCAGCAAGUAUAUGAUAUCCCUAGGCUCACAUGAUUUUGUUAUAUAUGAAUAUUACACCGUUUGGGGUGAUGUGGACUGGCUAGUGAGUCGGGGAUUCAACAGAAGUCGAGCUGAGUUCUUGUUAAGAGAUAUGAACCAGUUACGAAUGGAUAUUAUAAAUAUACUCGGUAAGGGAAGAUUCGUUAGAUCCCGAAUGACCAUUCAACAGCUUGACAGUGAGGGAUUUCCCAUAAGAAAAUACCUAGAGAUCGUCUUCGGUCGCUCUUUCGCUCCAAAUUUCGUAGUGCUUGUGGACUAUUUGGAAUACCUGGUGAAACUCAACCAAAUAAUGAAUUCCUACGGCCAAGAAACUGUGGCUACUUAUCUAAUGCAGAUUUUUGACAAUUUCAUGAGAUCGUCUCAUCGCAUAGAAACAUAUAGGGAAUAUGAUUUCGUAUGUGCCCGGCUUGUGAAAAACUCAAUGAAGUCUGUCAGCUAUCUACUCUAUGAGGAACACUUCUUGGGCCAGCAGAAAGUAAAGGAAUACGAUGAGCAAAAGAUCCUGAGCUCCGUUACUGUGAGUGUAGGCAAUGUACCCAAAAGCAUAGGCUAUCGUCGCUAUUUAACGGACUCUUAUGCCAACAUUAAUCUGAAAGAUGAUGACGAUUUUGCCACCAUUCACUUGAGGGUCUUGGAAAUGGAGACCCAUCUUAAGCUGCAGAAAUUAGAGAAUCUUGAACUCACCGAACCCUACCCGGGAUACGAAGAUGAUGCCAUUCUGGUGGGCAAUGGAACAUCUAUCGUACUGCCAUUUCCUCUCAUGGAGGAGCCUUUUUUUACUACCCGUGGUCAUGACGUCUUUAAGGUGAGCGUACAUGGCUUUCUAAUUGCCAAGCAAGUGUUGUCGGCUCUAUUUCCCUAUCCAAAACUACCUUCAUCAUCUGGCUGCCAGAAAUACAAUGAACUGGUAGGUAUAUUUGAUGACCUGGCAAAGUAUGAAGACCAUUCCGGCUGCAUUAGUCCACGAGAAUGCGAGAUGACCAACUGGAGGGACAUCAUUAUAGUGCUGCUGAAUCUUGUACAGGAUGCGUACUUCUCCGAGGGUUCAGGAUUCGACCAGACGCAGCCUAGUUUCAUUGAUAAGCCGUUAAAACAACUUUUCUAUCUGCAUUUCGCACAGAAUCAACUUAGUAGCAUGUUUUAUUAUACCUAUAAUCCAAUGUUUAGACCCUUUAAUCCAUUGCGAUACUUGCCCACUUUUGUCGAGGCAUUCAAUUGCUCGACCGCUUUGUAAAUU